GUGAAACACUGAAAUGUCAGCGUGUGAACCAGGAAGCUGCUGGUGGACUACUGGCUACACGACAAGGGACAAAAGAAAAUGGGGGCAGCAAGAUCUGCUUCUUCUUCCCCUCAUGCUCUUUCAUGAUUAGGCCAUUGAUUGAUGCUUUAUACAGCCAGGACAAAAACAUAAGCAUCUGACUUACAUGCUAGCUCCAGCAGCAAACCAUGCAGCCACUCCACUUUCCAUGCAUGAAAUACAACAGAAGAUUACCUUUCCUUGGUCUUGCUCUUGUGCUGCUGAUCUCCUUGGCAUCUCCUACCAGUUCCUGCACCGAGGAGGAGAAGGGCUCUCUCCUCCAGUUCCUCGCUGGGCUCUCACAAGACGGUGGCCUCUCUGCGUCCUGGCAGCAUGGCACAGAUUGCUGCCAGUGGGAAGGGAUCACCUGCAGCCCAAACAGGACGGUCACCAGUGUCUUGCUGGUUUCAAAGCGCCUCGAAGGACGCAUCUCAGCAUCGCUUGGGAUCCUCGCCAAGCUUCAGUACCUCGACCUCUCUCGCAACUCGCUGUCCGGUGGUUUGCCACUGGAAUUGCUGUCAUCCAGCAGCAUCACCGUCAUUGAUGUCAGCUUUAACCAGCUCAACGGAACACUCGAUGAGCUGCCAUCUUCAACCCCCGCCCGGCCUCUCCAGGUACUCAACAUCUCCAGCAAUUUAUUUGCAGGACAGUUUCCAUCCACCACAUGGAAGGCAAUGGAAAAUCUGCUCACACUCAAUGCCAGCUAUAACAGAUUUACUGGGCAGAUACCAACUCAUUUCUGUAACACAUCGCCAUCCUUCACUGUGCUUGAUCUGUGUUUCAACAAAUUUAGUGGCAGCAUACCCCAAGGAUUUGGUGAUUGCUCCAUGCUGACAGAGCUAAGGGCUGGGUACAACAACAUCAGUGGAACACUACCAGAUGAACUCUUCAAUGUAACCUCGUUGGAGUACCUGUCUUUCCCUAACAACGGUUUAUAUGGAGUUCUUGAUAGUGCAAGCAUAGUCAACCUCAGAAAUCUCGUAACCCUUGAUCUUGGAGGGAACCAAUUCCAUGGCCAGAUUCCAAACAAUAUAGGUCAGCUCAAGAGACUAGAAGAGUUUCAUUUGAACAACAACAACAUGACAGGGGAGCUGCCAUCAGCUCUGAGCAAUUGCACAAAUCUGGUAACGAUUGACCUCAAGAGCAACCAUUUCAGUGGAGAAAUUACCAAUGUCAAUUUCUCCAACCUGCCCAAUCUAAAAAAUUUAGAUCUUUGGUUAAAUAACUUCACCGGCACAGUUCCAGAAAGCAUUUACUCAUGCAGUAAUCUGACUGCACUGCGGCUAUCUAGCAACAAUUUACAUGGGCAGCUCUCAUCAAGCAUAGCCAAUCUGAAGUAUCUCUCCUUCUUGUCACUUGGUAAAAACAAUUUUACAAACAUCACAAAUGCACUCCACAUCCUUAAGAGCAGCAAGAACCUUACGACUCUGCUUAUAGGGCACAACUUCUGGGGAGAGCGCAUGCCAGAGGAUGACAUAAUUGAUGGGUUUGAUAAUCUUCAGGUUUUGGACAUGGGAAAUUGCCAAUUGCCAGGAAAAGUACCUCUAUGGAUAUCAAGGCUCACAAAUUUGGGGAUUUCCUGCACAGAGCAGGAGAAGCGCUCCCUCCUCCAGUUCCUCGUCGGGCUCUCACAAAAUGGUGGCCUCGCUGUGUCCUGGCAGCAUGGCACAGAUUGCUGCCAGUGGGAAGGUAUCUCAUGUAGCAGAGAUAAAAUUGUUACAGAUGUCUUGCUGGCUUCUAGGGGUCUUCAGGGACACAUCACACCUUCUCUUGGGAACCUCACUGGACUGCUGCGCCUCAACCUGUCAAACAAUCUUCUAUCAGGUGGCCUACCACAGGAAUUGAUGGCUUCAGGCAGCAUCAUCAUCAUAGAUGUCAGCUUUAAUCAACUUGAGGGAGACUUGCAGGAGUUGUCAUCUUCAACCCCUGCCCGGCCUCUGCAGGUACUGAAUAUCUCAAGCAACUUACUUACAGGAACGUUUCCAACCACAACAUGGAAGGCAAUGGAGAAUCUUAUAGCACUGAAUGCCAGCAAUAACAGCUUUACAGGGCCAAUACCAAAUGAAUUCUGCAAGAGCUCGCCAUCCUUCACGGUUCUGGACCUCUGUUUAAACCAGUUCAGUGGAAGAAUUCCGUCUGGACUUGGUAGUUGUUCCAGGCUCAUAGUGCUGAAGGCUGGCAGCAACAACCUCAGUGGGACUCUGCCAGAUGAACUUUUUAAUGCUAACUCCUUGGAGUACCUCUCCUUUCCCAAGAAUGGAUUACAAGGAACACUUGAAGGUGCACAUAUUCUCAAACUGAAUAAUCUGACAACCCUUGAUCUUGGAGAGAACAAUAUCAGUGGAAAGAUUCCGGAGUCUAUAGGCCACCUUCAGAGAUUGGAGGAGCUCCAUUUGAACAACAAUAACAUGUCUGGGGAGGUGCCGUCAACCCUGAGCAACUGCACAAAUCUUAUAACAAUUGACCUCAAGAGCAAUAAUUUCAGCGGACAACUUUCCAAGGUCAACUUCUCCAAUCUAACCAAUCUAAAAACUUUAGAUCUUAUGAGCAACAGUUUCAGUGGUAAAAUUCCGGAAAGCAUUUACUCAUGCAGCAAUCUAAUUGCACUGCGGCUAUCUUCCAAUAAGUUCCAUGGACAGUUGUCAGAAACAAUAGGCAAUCUGAAGUCCCUGGCAUUCCUAUCACUUGCUAAAAAUAGUCUGAAAAAUAUCACAAGUGCACUCCAGAUACUUAGGAGCUCCAAGAACCUCACCACCCUUCUUAUUGGUGGCAACUUCAAGAAUGAGUCCAUACCAGAGGAUGAUAUAAUUGAUGGUUUUAAGAAUCUUAAGGUUUUGGGUAUUGAACAUUGUCAAUUGCUCGGUAAAAUACCUCUUUGGAUAUCAAAGCUUGGAAAUUUAGAGGCGUUAUUCUUAUCAAACAAUCAACUAGAGGGAUCAAUACCAUCAUGGAUUCAAACCCUGAGCAAACUAUUCUAUCUAGAUAUAUCAAGUAACAAUCUCACAGGGGUAAUUCCAAUAACACUGAUGGAUAUGCCAAUGCUGAAGUCAGAGAAGACUGAAGCCCAUUUAGACCCAAGGGUCUUCGAGCUGCCUGUUUAUAUAAGUCCGUCACUUCAAUACCGCGUACCCAUUGCUUUCCCUAAAGUGCUGGAUCUAAGCGAUAAUAAAUUCACUGGUGAGAUCCCACUGGAAAUUGGUCAGUUGAAAGCCCUCUUUUCACUCGAUUUCAGCUUCAACCGUUUGACAGGCCAGAUUCCACAAUCAAUAUGCAAUCUCACAAAUCUGCAGUUGCUGGACUUGUCCAGUAAUGAUCUCACAGGAGCAAUCCCAUCUGCAUUAAAUAGCCUAAACUUCCUUUCAGCAUUCAACAUUUCGAACAAUGAUCUUGAAGGGCCUAUUCCAUCUGGAGGUCAGUUUAAUACAUUUCCGAAUUCUAGUUAUGAUGGGAAUCCAAAGCUGUGUGGCUCUAUGCUAAAUAAAAAGUGUGGUCCAUCCACAAUACCUCCGCCCCCCACGAAACAGCGAGAUAAGAAGGCGGUUCUUGCAAUUGCAUUUGGCGUGUUCUUUGGGGGCCUUGCUAUUCUUUUGUUGUUGGGGCUUCUCCUUGUCUCGGUCAAAAUGAAGUGUUUGACAGCAAAUAAUAAAAGGGAGGACAAAGAAGAUGUUGAAGCAACUUCAUUCUACUCCAACUCAGCCCAAACAUUAGUGAUGAUGCGGAUGCCACGGGGCAAGGGAGACGAAAACAAGCUCAAGUUUGCUGACAUUGUGAAAGCUACCAAUAACUUUGACAAGGAGAAUGUAAUUGGAUGUGGAGAUUAUGGAUUAGUCUACAAGGCAGAGCUACCUGAUGGCUCCAAGCUAGCAAUCAAAAAGCUCAAUAGUGAGAUGUGUCUGAUGGAAAGGGAGUUCAGUGCAGAGGUUGACACACUCUCCAUGGCACAACAUGAAAAUCUUGUACCUCUGUGGGGUUACUGCGUACAGGGAAACUCAAGGUUUCUCGUAUAUUCCUACAUGGAGAAUGGCAGCUUGGAUGACUGGCUUCAUAACAGGUAUGAUGAUGCUAGCUCAUUUCUUGACUGGCCGACUCGGCUCAAGAUCGCACAGGGAGCAAGCCUGGGCCUGUCUUAUAUCCAUCAUGUCUGCAACCCACAAAUUGUUCACCGAGACAUCAAAUCCAGUAACAUCCUACUAGACAAAGAAUUUAAAGCUUAUGUUGCUGAUUUUGGUCUAGCCAGAUUGAUCCGUCCCAACCAAACUCAUGUCACAACUGAAUUGGCCGGCACUAUGGGUUACAUACCUCCCGAGUAUGGACAAGCAUGGGUUGCUACGCUGAGAGGCGACAUGUACAGUUUCGGAGUAGUCCUGCUUGAGCUGCUCACUGGAAUGCGACCUGUUCCAGUCCUAUCUACAUCAAAAGAACUAGUCCCAUGGGCGCUGGAGAUGAAGUCUGAGGGAAAGCAAGUUGAGGUCCUUGAUCCAGCACUUCGAGGUAUAGGAUGCGAAGAGCAAAUGCUGAAGGUUCUUGAAGCUGCUUGCAGAUGUGUGAACCACAAUCAGUUCAUGAGGCCAACUAUCAUGGAAGUAGUCUCCUGUCUGGCCAGCAUAGACGCUGACCCGCUGCAGCAAAGAUCAGACAAGAUACAGUGAGCUACAAAUGAUAGAUUAUCUUGUGUUUUUGUGCACGAUGUACUUGUAACCUCUAUAGUUCCACUAGGACUAGUAAUUCUGAUAAUCUUAAAGUUUGUUUUCUACUUUGUACGGCGGUAACAGGUUGCCACUUUUGAGCUUUACAUACAGUGAACUUUACAUGGUGAAUGGUUGAAAACCGUUUCCAUUCAAGUGCAGCUAUUAUUGCCAUCAGCUGUUUGCUCCGGCUAAGCUGGUUUUUGAA